UGGCUCUUUGGUGGGGCUAAUGACAGACUCUGGGAGGGCUCACGCCAAGGACUACUUCCCAGAACUUCUGCUGCCAGUGUCCUUGUCCCCACGGUGAGCCACAGACACACCUCGCCUCUGCAGGAGACCUUCCAACACUAGCAGACCCCAGGGAGAGGAAUGGGCUCGCUCAGUGCAGCGAACUCACAGCUCUGCUUUGAUGUCUUUAAAGAGAUGAACUAUGACCACAUGCUUGAGAAUCUCAUCUUUUCUCCCUUGAGCCUCCUGUCUGCCCUGGCUGUGGUGCUCUUUGGGGCCAGAGGCGACAGCGCAUCCCAGAUGGAGAAGGUGCUAUACUUGAAUGAAUUAACGAGAACUGCAAAUUCUUCAAACUCAACGUGUGAACAAGAUACAGGGGUCCAUUCACACAUUCAAGCACUCCUCUCUGAAAUCAGCAAGUCCAGCCACAGUCAAGUCCUCAUGGCAAGUGGAAUGUUUGCAGAAGAAGCCUAUCCAUUCCUCCCUAAAUAUUUAGGCUGUAUUGAACAAUUAUAUAAACUAAAACCUGAAAAUUUGGAUUUCAAAAAUAAUGUAGAAGAAGCCAGAAUGCAGAUUAACUCAUGGAUUGAAAAUAAGACAAAAGGUGAAAUCAAGAACGUCUUGUUACCCAAUAGCCUCACAUCCUCUGAUCAGUUGGUGCUGGUUAAUGUCAUCUCCUUCAGAGGCACCUGGAAGUAUGCAUUUCAGAAAGACCAAACCAUGGCAAUGGCUUUCAGGUUGGAUGAGUCUCACAGCAAACCUGUUCAGAUGAUGCGACUGCAAGGGCACUUUAGACUGGGCUCCAUUACGGAGCCUCGGGUGCAGGUUCUUGAGAUGCCUGAUGUCGAAGAUCACCUGAGUAUGGUCAUCGUCCUACCCAGAGAGGAAGUUGGCCUGGGACAGGUUACCAAUGAAAUCACGUACGAGAAACUAAGCAACUGGAUAGGCUCACCCAACAUGAAAGACACAGCUGUGGUUCUGUACCUGCCCCAGCUCAGACUUCAUGGGUACCAUGAAGACUUGACUUCCAUACUGGCAGCUUUGGGAAUGACGGAUGUCUUUAACCACUCAAGGACUAAUUUGUCUGGCAUAACUGCAGGAGGAGGCCUCAGGGUCUCCAAGAUAAUCCAUAAGGCUAUGCUAGAGGUUAUUGAGACUGGUUCAGAGUUCACACUUAACAACCAAACAAGCAAAUUGGAAAAUCCUGUACUCUUCAAGGUGGAUCACCCUUUUCUCUUCUUUAUCUUACACAAGGAAACUAAGAUGAUUCUCUUCUAUGGUAGAGUCUGCAACCCUUAAGGAAGGGACUGAAUUUAUACUCAAACAACUUUCUGAUUCUUGAAAUUAGCUGGAUUUUAUGAGCUUGUAGAAAACACUCAGUAUAGGUGCAACUAAAAGAGAUACACUAUAAUUCUUAGCAAUGGUUUUCUUUCAACUAUAUCAUGUAGAAUAUGCAUCCCAUCCCUUCUUGGUUUGGUUUACUUUGGUUAAACAAGUUAUAGCAUGCUAUUAAUUGCAUUUAUUAAAAAAUUAUGAUCCAUACCAUUUCUUUUUUCCUGCUUUUAAAAAAAUUAACAGCUUUGUUGAGAUAUAAUUCACAUACCAUAAAAUUCACCAUUUAUUUAUAUCUACUUUAAUUGAAGCAUAGCUGACUUAUAAUAUUAUAUUAGUUUCAG